AUGGUUACUGCAAAUGAUACUCAAGAAGAAUCUACUAGAAAUAGCUCUAUUCUGAUAGACAUUGUUCCUAUUAAACCAAUUACCCUAUCAAGCAAUUAUGGAAAAAAUAUACAAAAAGACUCUGAACAAACUCAAGUAGACCCUCUUGGCAGACCUGUCCAGAAAGCAAAAAGGCUAUAG